AAAAAAGAAAAAACCUACACAUUAUCCUCUCCAAACAAAAACCGAAAAAGCUCAGAAGUCUCUCAAAGCUUUGAGCAAUGGCGUCGACGAUUUCUCUCACUGGUCAGAUUUCAAACCUAAAAGGAGUAAAGCCUUGCCCUUCGUCUCCCUCCCUCUGUAACCUAACUUCAAAUGCCAAUUUAGUGGGUACACAGGUGUUAUCUCGGCGUCGUCAUGGAAAAUAUGGGCAUAAUCAUAGAUCCCUCCGUGUGUACAGUCUAUUUGGAGGAAAAAAGGAAAAGAAUGAGAAGGGGGAAGAUGCGCCUUCAAAGGCAGGAAUUUUUGGAAACAUGCAGAAUCUUUACGAGACCGUGAAGAAGGCACAAAUGGUUGUCCAAGUUGAGGCAGUACGGGUGCAAAAAGAACUUGCUGCAACAGAGUUUGAUGGUUACUGUGAAGGUGAGCUAAUCAAGGUAACACUGUCUGGAAACCAGCAACCUGUUCGCACAGAGAUCACUGAGGCUGCAAUGGAAUUAGGACCAGAGAAACUUUCACUUUUAGUUACCGAGGCAUACAAGGAUGCACACCAGAAGAGUGUCCAGGCCAUGAAGGAGAGGAUGAGUGAUCUUGCUCAGAGCUUGGGAAUGCCUCCAGGCAUGGGUGAGGGAUUGAAGUAAUUAUAUUUUCAUCUCAGACACUGGUAUCUGAGAUGCACUUCAAUUUUGUAUGUGAACCGAGAAGGAAUACUUGUACUAUGACCUUGAAUCUAACAAUGUUGUUUUUAUUCAAAUUGAAGAGUAGAGACAUUUGGAACC